AUGGAGGGCGCAGGAGGAGGUAGCGGGCGGCCCAGCAUGAGCCGCGCAGUCUUUGUGGCAGGAUCGUCGUUCAUGGCACUUGUUGUGGUGGUGUUUCUAGUCGGACAUGGCGAUCAGACGAGGGUGGGUCUGGCUGGACAACUGGGGGAGUGGUCGGAGGGGUUGAUGAAGGAAGCACAUGGGAUAGUGGAGGAUGGUGGAAGGGAAGGUGAAAAGACGCUGAAAGGGUUCAGAGAUGGUCUUGGAUCAGGAAUACUGGAAGAUGAGGAAGCGAGGAGGAUUGUUGGUGGUGCUGGAGGCGCUGUUGGAACAUGGUGGAACAUUGGAAGAAACGGUGGGGGCCAGCAUUCGGAGGCGGCGAGCAGCGACAGCUCAAAGUAUGCUAGCGAGGCAAACAAGAUCAUCACAGACGCAUCGAACUCAUAUCAGAUGAAAUUGAAAACGGCAGAGACGUUGUCAAAGAAGUUUGCAGACAAAUCGUCGUCUCAGUCUCUUUCGUCCGGCUCUGCUCCGAGCGGAACAGGACAUUACACCCCCUACCACAUCGAUGAGAAUGCAUGGAAAGACCUGAACGAGUCGACGGAUGCGGAUGCUCCAGGAGCAGUAGCGAGGCUCAAGGAUGAGUUCAAACACUCCAUCUUCGGCCGCGGCUCUAGCAAAAAGUCGUCAACUCCUUCUAUCCCUUCCCCUCUUGACAUCAUCAACGCUGCGCUGGCGUCAAACUCUGGUUCGUCAGGACAAGCUGGUGUUGGUGGACAGUCGGCAGGAGCCACAGGGGGCGGCGCUGGGCUGGGAGGGUCAGGUGGUGCAGGAGGAUCGAGCGGGAGCGGGAGCGGAGGGCAGGGUGCAGCAGGAGGGGCGGCAAGUGAGGAGAAGAAGCAAGGAGGAGCAAGUGCAGACCCUAACGCGUGGUGGAACGACUGCUUCCUCCUGCCUGAACUCUGCCCCCAUUACCCGAUGUCAAGCGCUCCUGAUUGGUACAUCGCAAAGAUGAAGGCAAAGGAGGCUGGCGGAGGAGGAAAUUCUUCGAAUCCUGUAGGUCUGAGUCCUCCUAGAGACCACGACAAGAACGUCUCAAACAUCGUGGCGAUCUCGGACGACGUCGACAACGGGGCGUCAGGAAAGGGAGAGAAAAUCUUCAUUGACACGUCUGCGGACGAUUUCUUUGUUGGGCCCAGGAACCAUUGA